AUGGCCACCAACGACAAUACACCAUUUUGCGACAUUUGUCAACAGAGGGACCUCAACAAGUUAGCAGAAGAAUUCUGUCCACACUGUGCAGAAGUUCUGUGUGGAGACUGUAGAGAACAUCAUAAGAUAUCGAAAUCAACAAAAUCACAUCAGACCAUCUCUUUAGAAAAAUAUAACAAAUUGCCAUCCUUCAUCAAGCAAAUUAGCCAUAACUGUCAAGAGCACGGCUGUAUCCUUGAAUUCUAUUGUAAAUCCCAUGACUCUCUCUGUUGCAAAAUCUGUUCAAUAUCAGCUCACAAAAAAUGCAAGGAAAUUAUUUUUAUACAAGAUUUUCUUCCGCCUUCAAAAGGACACCCAUCAGUAGCUUUGAAUAACAUUGAAAAAAUUCUGAAAAAUUUGGAAAGUAACAUUUCAUCUGCUAUAAAGGACAGAAAAAGAAAUUUAACGGGAUUACGUGAACAGAAGCGGGUUAUUUCUGAACACAUCAAAGACAAGCGUUACAAAAUUAAUGCACUUUUAGACCAUUUAGAAGAACAAUUACAACAAAAUGCAUCUACACUUGAGAAGACAAACUGUGGAAAAAUAGAACAAAUAAUUGCUAAUUUGGAGAAUGAAAAAGAAAAAGUAGAAGAUAUUCAAAUAGAUGUUGAAUCUGUUAAAUUGUUUGCAUCCAAUUUGCAAAUCUUCAUGGGAACAAAGGCAUUCCAAGAAAGAAUUUCAACCAAUGAAGACAACGUCCAACAAUUAUAUGACAAUGGGAGCUUAAACAACGUGACAAUGACUUGCACUUUCAAUGACAAAGUAGAAGGGUUUAUGAAAAACAUAAAGACAUUUGGUGAUGUGAAAAUUGAUAAAAGUCAAAAACAUGUUUCUUUUUCAUGGAAAGGUGACAAGUCAGCACAAUUUUAUGAACCAACGUCAGUAUUAGAAUCUAUUUAA